UAUCCAUGUAUACGAAAGCAAAAAAAAAAAAACAUUGCAUUUUCCCGGCGAAGUUUUGAAGAGACGAAGCAAUCCAAAGCUAUUGUCUUUCUCCGAGAAAAUUCCUCAGCUCGGGGAACUCUCCGUUUUGUUUCUCUCUCAACAAAUACUCAUCAUAGUUACUUCGUGUUGUGUUUUUGUUUCUGGUUCUGAUAAAUGGUGUUUCCCGGUUCCGGUGAAGAAGAAGAGAGUAUGGCUACGAAUUCUGAAAGAGUGAAACCUCUUCACAAUUUCAUGUUACCUUGUUUGAAGUGGGGGAAUCAGCGUCAUCUCCGGUGUAUGAAAAUCCCUUCCGACGACGGAGAUCGUCAAUCGCCGUCGAAUGCUCCGACAAGGGAAAUUGAGUCUUCGCUGAAUAAUGCGAGGAUGAGGAUCACCUCCAAACAAAGAAUCAUCGGUGAUGAUGGGAUCGAUGCUGUUAGAGAGAAGUUGAUGCUUGAUCUGAAGACUGAAGCUGAUAGAAUGAAAGAUGCGAUUUUGAGAAAGGAGGAAGAGAAUGAUGAUGAGGUUGAAGAAAGGUCGGUGGCUCCGGCGGCGGCAGGAGAGAGGACGUGGAAUCUGAGAACGAGACGAGGUGGUGCCGGAGAAAGUGGAAAAGGGCUGAAGAUUGAUGAGAAAAAACCUAACGGUUCGCCGUCGAGGAAUGUUAACGGAGGCGUUAAGUUAAGAGGUAGUCCCGAUAAGGUGAAAUUUUCUUUGACGUUAACGAAGAAAGAGAUUGAAGAAGAUUUCAUGAAGAUGGUGGGUCACCGGCCCCCUAGAAGGCCCAAAAAAAGGCCCAGAAAUGUGCAGAAGCAAUUGGAUAACCUUUUCCCUGGUAUGUGGUUAUCGGAGGUUUCUGCUGAUGCGUACAAGGUUCCUGAAGUUCCUGAUAAUGGCAAAAGGUAGAAGGAUUAAGUGCUGUUAGUGACAACAACGUAGGAUACAUCUGAAUUUGAUGUGGGAUUUGAUUUGGUGGACAUUUUCUCGGUAGCAGUUGAUAUGUACCGUUUGUUGUUUUUGAAUUCGUAGGGUUAUUAUAGUUCAUUCUUUUGUUUAUUAGAAUAAAUUCUCGUAAGAGAUAUCAUUGGUGGAAAUGAAUGCAGUUUCUGUUUCUAUUGUACUCUGCUUUCAUCAGGCUUUGUAGUUUGAAUAACCAAACUAUAUAACAUUGGCAAUUUUAAACUUUAUUUUCAGUUAUAGUACUUGAUCAACAGUUAAUCA